AUGGCGGAGCCUGAGUGGGAGUCGCUGGAGCAGUGCUUGGAGAAGCACCUGCCGCCCGCAGAGUUGAGGGAGGUGAAACGCCUUCUCUAUGGCAAGGAGACCAGGAAGCUCGACCUGCCCAGCGGAGCUUUGGAAUCCGCCGCCAAAGGGGACUUCGAGCUGCAGGGAUUCGCCUUCGAGGCGGCCGAGGAGCAGCUGCGGGCCCCGCGGAUUGUGCGUGUGGGGCUGGUGCAGAACAGGCUGCCCCUGCCCGCGGACGCCCCCGUGGCCGAGCAGGUCUCCGCCCUUCACAGACGCAUAGAGUCCAUCGUGGAGGUGGCUGCCAUGUGCGGGGUCAACAUCGUCUGUUUCCAGGAGGCGUGGACCAUGCCCUUUGCGUUCUGCACGAGAGAGAAGCUCCCGUGGACCGAGUUUGCUGAGUCAGCCGAGGACGGGCCCACCACCAGGUUCUGCCAGAAGCUGGCGAAGAAGCACAACAUGGUGGUGGUGUCCCCGAUGCUGGAGCGGGACGCGGCCCACGGGGACGUGCUGUGGAACACGGCGGUCGUCAUCUCCAACUCGGGCGCCGUCCUGGGCAAGAGCAGGAAGAACCACAUCCCCAGGGUGGGCGACUUCAACGAGUCCACCUACUACAUGGAGGGGAACCUGGGCCACCCUGUGUUCCACACGCAGUUCGGCAGGAUCGCCGUGAACAUCUGCUAUGGGCGGCACCACCCCCUCAACUGGCUCCUGUACAGCGUCAACGGCGCUGACAUCAUCUUCAACCCCUCGGCCACCAUUGGGGCGCUCAGCGAGUCCAUGUGGCCCAUCGAGGCCAGGAACGCGGCCAUCGCCAACCACUGCUUCACCUGCGCCAUCAACCGCGUGGGCAAGGAGGACUUCCCCAACGAGUUCACCUCCGGAGACGGGAAGAAAGCUCACAAGGACUUCGGCUACUUCUACGGCUCCAGCUACGUGGCCGCCCCGGACAGCAGCCGCACGCCCGGCCUCUCCCGCACCCGGGACGGGCUGCUGGUGGCCGAGCUCAACCUCAACCUGUGCCGGCAGGUGAACGAUGUCUGGAACUUCAAGAUGACGGGCAGAUACGACAUGUACGCGCGGGAGCUGGCGGAGGCCGUCAAGCCCGACUACCGCCCCCACGUCGUGCGAGAGUGA